AUGCUAACCAAAUUCUUUAUUUCCAACCUCCCUGAGGGGUGCACGCCAUGGGAACUUAGAAAGUGUUUGGAAGGUUUCGGGGAAUUGUCUAAAACUUUUGUCGCUAAGAAGAGAGAUAAAGGAGGAAGCAGGUUUGGUUUUGCUAGUUUCGUGGAUGUUAGAGAUAAGAGUGCUCUGGAGAAGGAGCUGAAUGGUGUCAAAAUGGGAUUAUGCAAGCUCAAGGUAAAUAUCGCCGGGUUUGCCGUGGAAAAUUCAGGGGUUAGUGUUCAAGCAGGGGUGAAGAAUUGUAACUCGGGUUCUUCUGUUGCGGAGGAGAAAAGUAAAAGGUUUAACGUUAGAGAUUCCAGGUCUUACCUUGAGGUACUGGGCAAACUUAAAGUGAAUAGUGAUAAUGUUAUGGAGUCCGUGGGAAGCUCAGGUAAUUGUGAAAAGGUUUUAGUGGUGCCAGAUAGAACUGUUGCGUUUAAGGAAGUGUUUGGGGUAGCUUUGGUGGGUAAAACUGUGGAUUUGGAAACUUUGAUCGAUUUCGAUCGUCUUCUGAAGAUAGCCGGUACCGAGUACGUUAGGUUGCAAUACCUGGGUGGCUUAUCUAUUCUUAUCUCUUUUUCGGAUGAGGAGUCGGCUAGAAGGUUUCUUGACGCUAAGGUUAUUUGGGGUCCGUGGUUUUCCAAACUUGAUCCAUGGAAUGGUCAGUCUCUUCCCCUGGAACGAGUGGCUUGGUUGAGAAUUCACGGAGUCCCUUUGUAUAUCCUUGAACCUGACGUCCUUGAUCAGAUCGGUGAAAUGUUCGGAAAGGUUCUUUAUGUCCCGAAGCUUUUGGUGGAGGAACAAGAUCUCUCUAUGAGUAGGGUGGGUAUCCUGGUAGGGGAAUCAUUCAGAGUUAGAGAGGUUGUUACUCUCAAGUGGAAAAACCGGUGUUACAGGGUUAUGGUGGAGGAGGAAGAAGAAGAAGUUUGGGUCCCCGAUUGUUUAAAAAGUUCUGUUGAGGUUUCUUCCGGCGAGGAUUCUCCUUUGCAGUCGUCGCCGGUGAUUCAAGUUCCGGUGGAUCAUUUUGAGGAAGCUAAAGGGUUUAGGCAUCUGGACAGUCAGGAGGAAGGAGAAGGGUCGGGCAUUGCUAUUCCCAAAGGUGACUUGGGAAAGGGAGGUAGUUUCGAUAAAGUGGCAGGUGAUUUUGUCUCGCAUGUUCCCGAGGAGAGGUCUUCUUCCAAAAAGUUGGGUGAGGAGCCGCAAAAAAAUAUUCUUUUUUCAUUCCAAGAAGAGAUCGAGACGGUGCAGGAGAAGAUCUGGUAG